GUCAUUAUCUAUAGUAUAUAAGAGCAUUGCAUCCCUCUGUGGCUCUCUCACACAUGGUGGGAUUGCUAGAAAGGGGAGAGUGCAGGGGAAACUGGGAAUUACACUGCCACUAGUACCUGAUUGGAAUUGUUGUCCUCCUUGGAAUUCCCAUUGAAGAGCAUCUUUUCUUGUGAUCAAUACUGAACAGCAUAAUUAGAGAGACCAUGAGCGGGAACUACAGCGUCACUCUGUUGGGGCCAGCCCCUUGGGGCUUCAGGCUUCAAGGAGGGAAAGACUUCAAUAUGCCCCUUACCAUCUCCAGGCUGACGGAUGGUGGGAAAGCAGCUAAAGGGGGUGUAGCAGUCGGAGACACGGUUCUUUCCAUCGACGGUAUUUUUACUGAGGGCAUGAACCACCUGGAGGCCCAGAACAAAAUCAAGAACUGCGCUGGGAACCUCAGCCUCACUUUGCAAAAAUCCAGUGUUUUUAAACCUCCUCCAGUGGCCCCAAAGGAAAACCGAACAGACCUAAUAAAACCAGUAGCCAUCACCCAUCUGUCUGUUUCACAACAUCCCCAGUCUGAGUGUCUCGCCCCCCACAACAAAGCCUCCAGACCUUAUGGGGAUUGCAGAUUUGAGGGUGCAUACUCUCCUUUACAUUCACCUUUCACCACCUUCAUCCCCUCGCCAUCCUCUGCUUUCACUCCUGCCUCAUCCCACAUUGCUCCCCUCCCUCCACAUCCUCGCCCCCCUUCUCCUUUGGUCUCUCACCCGUCCUCUGCAUCCUCUUCCUCCAACCUUCCUGUCCUGGUUCCGCCUCAGCCAUCAGUGUAUAACACACCAAUCAACCUCUACUCCACUGAGAAUGCGUGUGAGGUGGCCAUGGGGCAAAGGCGGGGCCUGUUGGAGAGUCAGGGAGGAGCCUUGCCACAGUUUAAUGGUGGACCUCAAAAUAUUUUUAAAAAUCCCCAGCAGCAGCCACCAAGAGUUCCCAGGCAACAUGUUGUCGACACAGACAUCCAGUUUUAUCAUGUGCCUUCUCACGCUGAUGCCAGCAGAAAGCGUAUAAUGGAGGACACGGAGGACUGGCGCCCACGCACGGGCACCACCCAGUCCAGGUCUUUCAGGAUUCUGGCUCAGAUCACAGGCACGGAGAAUGUUCAAAAUGAGGAAGCUGAUCCAUCAAAGAAGACAAAUGAGGAGAAUGAAGAGACACAGCUUAACUCCCAUGAAUCUGCUGUUGUCAAGACUAUGAUCAAAGGAACUGCUUCAAACCAUGGCCAAGGGGUACAGAGUGGUUUGAUCACCCCGUCUUUUGGAAUGAAGGGUAACAGCAGUACCAGUGUCCUCAGGGGUCCUGUUCCAGCCCGACCUGUGCCUCAGCCCCACCCUAAAGAUGAGGACACCCUGGUCCAGAUGGCUGAACACAUUCCUGCUGGGAUGCGAACCCCCAUGUGUGCCCACUGCAACAUGGUGAUCAGAGGACCUUUUUUGGUUGCAAUGGGAAAAUCGUGGCACAAGGAUGAAUUUAACUGUGCCCACUGCCGUACAUCUCUGGCAGAUAUAGGCUUUGUGGAAGAGAAGGGAUCUGUGUAUUGUGAACACUGCUAUGAGGAGUUCUUUGCCCCGACCUGCAGCCGUUGUCAGGCCAAGAUAUUGGGGGAGGUGAUUAAUGCUCUGAAACAAACAUGGCAUAUCUAUUGCUUCAUGUGUGCUGCCUGCCAGCAGCCAAUCAGAAACAACACCUUCCACCUGGAGGAUGGAGAACCUUACUGUGAGCAAGACUUUUACAGUUUGUUUGGGACUGGUUGCCACGGCUGUGAGUUCCCUAUUGAGGCUGGAGACAAAUUUCUGGAGGCACUUGGUUACACCUGGCAUGACACCUGCUUUGUUUGUGCUGUGUGCUGCUCCUCUCUGGAGGGCCAGACCUUUUUCUCUAAAAAGGAUAAACCUCUUUGCAAGAAACACGCGCACACAGUGAAGAUAUAAACCUUUAAAUGCCUCUUUGCUCUCUCCUGUCAAAGAAUGCAGAAAUACUGACCUUCAGGUUGGUGGUUUCUCCAAUCAGAGGACACUACAGUGCUUAUAUUUACUAGUGGUUUUAGGCAUUGAUUAACUUAAAUGAGCAAAUAACUAAGCAGAUUAACUUUAUUUUAAUUCAUUGAAUAAAUUUAUUGUACCUACGCACACAAGAAGUUGAACUGUUAGGUUAUUAUUUUGUAACACCGCAGUUGUUGAUUUUCUCUUGCGCAGAAAUAUUUAAAUUUGUUCUAUUACAUUAUCCUGAUUUUCAUCUUGAUUCUAAAAUGCAUGGCUGGUUUGUCUGUAGACAUAGAAUAGAAUCUGGCCCAAUAAUAACAAAUCAUCAAAUGUGACCAUUUUGUCCAACAGCAGUGAAUGGUUUAAUAGAUGAUCAAAAUCUUACAUUAACUUUUGCAUUCUUUUAUGUCUCUAUACCCAAACACUAUUUUAAAUAGUAUUCAGAAGCUUAGAAUUUGCAUUAAGAUGACAUAAAUUUGGAUGCACCAGUUUAACUGAAGGUUUGAACUAAGCAUCUUAGACAAUUUUUGGAUUUGUCUUUUUUUAUUGUAUUUUCAGCAUGUUUCAAGUUUCUAAAGAGAAAAACAAUAUAUAGAAGAGCAAUAUUCUUUAUUCUGGAGGAUUAACCAAGACUCGCAAAAUACAUAAAUAUUCACAUCUGACAGAAGUAAAUAAUUAAAUAACAAGUAUAAUUUUUUUUUUUAUCAUACUCUUUACAUAAUUACGGGUGCACUUCCGUGACAAACGUACAUACGUUCUCUCUAUUUUUCUGUUAUAUUUCAUUUUACCACAAAUUGAUAGAAAAGACGUGUUGGGGGAACUUCUUCCAGAUGAAAUUUUAAUCCUUCAACACAGUCUGUACAUCUUUUUAAUCUGGAAGAAAGUGUGUAUUAAUUUUUAUAUGUUAUGUAGAAAAUGCCUUAUUUUACUUUGAAUAUGUAAUUAUUUGGAUUUGUCUUUGGUUUUGUAUUGUUUUUUGUUACAAUACAAAUACUUUAAAAAAGCCAAGAUUUUACAUUGUGUGACCAAAAGGGGAGUUUAAUGUAUGUAAAAUGGUAAGCAAAAGCGUGCUUGAAAAUAAAACAAAGUUGCCUACAUUGUUUAAUAAAUUAUGAUUUUCAACUCA